UUAGUGAUCAUAACAAUUUCAUAAGAUUUUCUUGUAUAUAUUCCUAGCAUUUUGGUUUCAGUUGCUUUCCAUAAUAAUUAAGAAGAAUGGUCGUUCUCAUCGAGCAAUCAGAGCUAACAAGACCGCAAGCUGAGGAGAACAAUGAUGAUUUGGUAUUGGAUGGUGGUUUUUCCUUGCUCAAAUCACCUUCACAUGUUGGAUUUACAGUCCCUGAUAUCAAUUCAUAUGGUCACUCCUUCAGAAAUUAUUAUGAUGAAAGCGAAAGGAAUAAGUCUGUGGAGGAACUUUACCGACAACAACACACGAAUCAAACAUAUGAAUUUGCUAAGAAGAUGAGAGAGGAAUAUGGGAAACUGAAUAAAGUAGAAGUGGGUAUAUGGGAAUGUUGUGAGAUGCUUGAUAAAAUUGUGGAUGCAAGUGAUCCUGAUUUAGAAGAAUCUCAAAUUCAGCAUGCAUUGCAGACAGCUGAAGCUGCUAGAAAUGACUACCCUAAUGAAGACUGGUUACAUUUGACCGCUCUCAUUCAUGAUCUCGGAAAGGUUCUUCUCCUUCCAAGUUUUGGUGGGCUUCCUCAAUGGGCUGUUGUCGGAGAUUCGUUUCCCCUUGGUUGUGCUUUUCAUGAAGCUAAUACUCACUUCAAGUACUUCAAGGACAACCCAGAUAGCAACAAUCCAGCUUAUAAUACUAAAAAGGGCAUAUAUGAUGAAGGAUGCGGACUGGACAAUGUAAUGAUGUCAUGGGGACAUGAUGAGUACAUGUAUUUGGUUACUAAGGGGAAUAACACCACUUUACCGUCGGAGGCAUUGUUCAUUAUUCGAUAUCACUCUUUUCAUCCUUUGUACCAGACAGGAGCGUACAAACACUUGUAUAGUGAAGAGGAUGUUAAGAACCUCAAGUGGCUAGAAAUAUUUCACAAGUAUGAUCUCUACAGCAAGAGCAAUGUGCUAAUUGAUGUUGAAAAAGUUAAGCCAUACUAUAUGUCGCUCAUUAAGAAGUAUUUCCCGCCAAAGCUCAUAUGGUAAAUCUGUCUAGAAAUACUAGUAACAUAUUUUAUAAUGUAUUUCUUUUUAACACAUUUUUUACUAUUAUCUGAAAUUUGUUUAAAGUUAUAAUAUUAUAUGAGUCUCAGUGAGCUCUAUUUAUAAUUUAUAAUUUAUAAUGAGUUUGAAAUAAUAGUAUAGACGUGUAUUUAAAGAAGUGUGUAAAAAAUUGUAUUACUUGCCAACUAUCUUAAAUAUUGAAUUAAAGGCAAAGGAAAGUGGAGAUGAACUGCAGGGACUGUAUCAAAAUUAUCAUUUAUUUGCUUCUUUUUUAAAUUGUAUCCUUAAGGAUUGAAUUUCGUAUUAUCAAUUAAUGUGUAAUAACGUAUAUGUUGUAUC